AUGACAGGCUCAAGCAAGCUUCCUGCCCCCGGCAGAGCUUCCCCGGAUCGCAGCCAGCCAUCGACUCCGGUAAAGGCUUCUACUCCCCAACCCCUCCGCGCCAACCCGCCCAGUCCGCAGACGCCGUCCACGAGAAUACCCGCACCGACCUUCUCGACUCCCAAGUCCAUCGCUGCCAAGAAGCCGGAGCUUCAGCUCCCCCCUCCGACACAGGCCUCCGGCGGCACCAAUCGUACCUUCUUACUCGACGACGCGCCCGUCAUCUCUCCCUCGGCCGAUCGAAACACCCCCUCGAGCCCAAGAGCAGCUGCCUCGCCUCAGUCCAGCCUCGGAGCAUCACCCGAGGAGCUCAAGUCGAAGCUAUGGAAAGCGGCUUUUGCCAAACUAAACGCCACCAACCCUGGUAUCGUCAAGGCGUAUGAGAAGAUUCUGUCCGCCGAGCUUCGAGGUGAUGGUGCGGGUAUCAAAUUAGUGCUUGAACGAAGCCGAGAGGAACAACAAACGCAGACAGAGUCGAUAAUCAAGUCUGUCUCGGCCCGCCUCGAGAGUAAAACGGGAGCUUUCGGAGAGCUGUUUGCCAACAUCAAGCAGACCGCCUCCAAGCCCUCCAUCGCAUGGGCCACAAACUAUCUGACAUUGGAGGUCAUCUCCGAUCCCGCCUCCGGGGUGCCCAAGACCCGUGCUGGCGCGACAUACACCAUCUCGAGGGCCAACUGGUACCAGAACCUCGUCAAGCUCCUCCUGGAGAAGAGCCAGGCACACUAUGUCUCGGUGGACUCGCUCGAGCGCAUCGAGAAGCGCAUCUCCCAGCUUUACACCGACGUCCUCGAGUUCCAGCUCAAGACCAUCUGCUCGUCUCACGCGGGCGAGCUGGACCUCCCGGCCUUGACGGCCGCGGCGCUCGAGAUCUGGGACUGCGACCUCGAGGCGGUCAAGAUUGGCGAGACUAGGGUCCAGGUGGAUGUCGAUCAGCACGGCACGGAGGAGAUGCAGUCUUCUCUCACCCGCUACUGGCACACAGCGACCGUCUUGGAAAAGAAGGUUCAGGAAGAGACAUUGGCCCUGGAGAAGCUUUCCCAGGAAAAGAAGCUUGUUGACGAAAGGCUAGCUGCAGGCGAGGAGCUGGCCGACCAAGAGAAAUUUGCCGACGAGAAUGUCUCCAUCGUUGACAAGGUGCCUGCCAAUGACAAGGCGGUGGCCGACGACAAGACACUGAUUGAAGAGAAGCAGACUGCCGAUCAGAGCCUCGCAGAUGCCGCCCGGGCCGCUGAGGAGGAAAGGGUCGCCGAGGAAGAAAAGCGUCGUGUCGAGGAACAGCGAGUCGCAGAAGUGAAGCGUAUCGCCGAAGAGACGCGGCUUGCUCAAGAGAUGAAACUCGCUGAAGAACAAAAGCUUGCCGAAGAGCAAAGGCGUGUUGAAGCACAGCAACUAGCUGAGAAGCGUGCUGCUGAAGAGCAAAGAGUCGCCGAAGAGAGACGGCUCGCUGAAGAAACACGUCUCGCCGAGGAGCAGCGACUUGCUGAAGAAAGCCAUCGCGCUGAACAACAGAAACUCGCAGAAGAAAGCCGUCUUGUCGAAGAACGGAGGGUUGCUGAAGAUGAACGCCUCGCAGAGGAGGAGCGUCUAGCUGAAGAACGGCGGAUCGCUGAGGAGAAACGACUACUCGAGGAGAAGAGGUUAGCUGAAGAAAAACGCCUCGCGGAAGAAAAGCAGCUAGCUGAGGUUCAGAGACUCGCCGAACAAUCAAGGCUUGCCGAGGAGAAACGCAUUGCGGAGGAAACGCGUAUCGCAGACGAAGAACGUCUUGCCGAAGAACAGCGAGUUGCUGAAGAGCAGCGCAUAGCCGAAGAACAGCGCAUCGCCGAUGAAAAACGUCUCGCCGAAGAAAAGCGCGUCGCAAAAGAGAAGCAUAUCGCUGAGGAGAAACGCAUCGCUGAAGAGCAACGUAUCGCGGAAGAGCACCGUAUCGCUGAAGAGCAACGUAUCGCCGAGGAGAAACGUGUCGCUGAAGAGCAACGUAUCGCUGAGGAGAAACGUAUCGCCGAGGAGAAACGUGUCGCCGAGGAGAAACGCAUCGCUGAAGAGCAACGCCUUGCGGAAGAGAAACGCAUCGCUGAGGAGAAACGCAUCGCUGAGGAGAAGCGAUUGGCCGAGGAAAAGAAGCUAGCUGAGGAAAAGCGAUUGGCCGAGGAAAAGAAGCUAGCUGAGGAAAAGCGAUUAGCUGAAGAGAAACGUGUCGCAGAGGAACAGCGUGCCGCAGAAGAGAAAAGGGUGGCUGAGGAGAAGCUUUCCCAGGAGAAGAAGCUAGCAGAGGAGGAAAAGGCCGCCGAAGAACAGAAACUCUCUGAAGAGAAGCGUGCUGCCGAAGACAAGCUUGCCCAAGAGAAGAAGCUUGCUCAGGAAAAGAAGUUGGCCGAUGAGAAACGGGUGCAAGAGAAGAAGAGAAUUGCAGACGAGAAGAGGGCUCGAGACAGGAAGGUCGCUGAGGAAAAGCGAGCAAAGGAGAGAAAGCUCGCAGAGGAGAGACGGGCCAAGGAAAAGAGGCUCGCAGAGGAAAGGAAAGCCAAGGAGAAGCUUGCACAGCAGCCAACCGCCCAGCCACCACAACAACCUGUCCAGGCUCCUCAGCAACCUGUUCAAGCAAAGCCACAACCUAUUCCAGUCAACGCACAGCCCGUCCAAGUCAAACCGCAGCCCGUUCAAGCAAGACCGCAACCUGUUCAAGUCAAGCCGCAACCCGUUCCCGCAAAGCCGCAGCCCGCUCAGGCAAACCAGCCAGUCGAGGCCAAGACACCAACGGACGCCCAAGUCAAACUUCUUCAAGGCCACAAGGGCCCAGUAAACGCGAUCACAAACGCCCCAGAUUUCAAAACCUUUGCUACCGGCUCGGCUGAUGCCACAAUCAAGAUCUGGGAUCCGGCGACCGGCGAGUGUCUGCAGACCCUGACAGGACACAAGGGAAGCGUGCUCGCAGUCGCUUACUCCGUCGAUGGCAAACGCCUCGCCUCUGGAUCCGAGGACAAGUCCGUCAGAGUAUGGGAGCUCGCCACCGGCAAGUGUCUCCUGACUCUCGCAGAGCACACUGAGAGGGUCAGCUCGGUGACGUGGCUCGUCGACGACAUGGUCGCCUCGGCCUCGUCCGACACGACGAUCCGCGUCUGGGAGGUCGCCACGGGCACGUGCUGGCAAUCAAUCGAGGGUGGGAAGGAGGUCAUCCUGGCGCCCGUCCUGACGAGCGGGAAGAGGUUCGCCACGGGCUCCAAGGACUCCAAGCUCAAGAUCUGGGACUUGGACCAGGGGGUCUGCCUUCGGACUCUGCGAGGCCACGGCGGCGAAGUCACAGCGGUGGCGGCAAGCGGCCGGCUGCUGGCGUCUUGUUCGCUUGAUGGGACUACUCGUACCUGGAGCCUCGCCCAGGACCCCUCGCUGCGCACUUUCAAGGAGGUCUCGGGCUCUCCUCGAUGUGCUUCUAUUUCGCGCGACUUGAAGAAGCUGGCAACAGGGUCGGAAUCAGAUGGUAUCAGUAUUUGGAAUGUGGCCACUGGAGCUCGAUUGAAGGCUCUGGGUGGUCAGGGUGCAGGGGGGACUCUUUCUUUGGCUUUCCUAGGAGACAGUAACCAGCUUGUUGCAGCAGGUGAGGAUGGUUCCCUCAGGGUAUGGAACGUGGACAAGUCUUAG